GUCUGGACAGGAUCUUUUCUAUAUAUAUAUAUAUAUAUAUAUAUAUAUAUAUAUAUAUAUAUAUGUUCUCUAGGGGAGUAAACCAUUUGAUGCUCAGGGGAUCUAUUCUCCCCUUUUCGGUGGCAAGAGAUACUCCUAUCAUCAGUCAUCUUGCUUUCGCUGAUGAUUUGUUCAUAUUCCUUAAUGGCUCCUCCUCUUCGUUGCGGGAAUUCAGAAUAUUCCUAGAAGCUUAUCAAGAAGCUACUGGCCUACAGGUAAACCUCCAAAAGAGUACUUUUAUUACAGGCAAUCUGGUAACAAGACCGUAAAGACUAAAUGGAAUCCAUUCUACAAAUGAGAGUAUCUAAGCUGCCUUUCAAAUACUUGGGAGUCAAGAUUUAAUGUUCGGUCCCUUGCCACUCUUCAGGAAGCAUACUCAUGCAAAUUGUGGUGGAAUUGGAAGAUGAGGAAUUCUCUCUGGUCUCAUUUCAUGCAUCGACGCUAUCCUAGAGGUGAUAACAUGAUACCCAAACUCCCUGAUUCUCCCGUCUGGCGCAGAAUUUGCAGCAUCCAUAACCAAUGUCUAGAAUUCACUCAUGUCGCGACGGACGGCACUCCGAUAUGGUCUCUUUCUUCUGAUGGGUCUUCUCAUUAGCUUCUGCUUACGAGGGCCUUAGAGAGAGAAAAGGAUCAACCCUCUCCUUCACACAAACAUGGCACCCAAAACAGUAUUCUUCCAUUAAAUUAUUCUUAUGGAAACUCUUCCCAUAACAUUCUUCCCUUUCCCAACAAUUUGAGUAGGAUGCAGACGCUCUUAGCUUCAAUGUGUCCUAUUUGCUUAAACGCUUCAGCGGAAAUGGACGACUAUCUUUUCUCUUGUGUAUUUGCAACGGAAAUUUGGAACUACUUCAUGGGCAUAUUCCUUAUACCCAGACCUGCUCCUAAAACCUCCCUUAGAGAGGUCAUUUUUGCUUGGUGGUUACACUCAAGUAAUAACAAGCUUGAAAAUCUAUUUCUGAAGAUUCUUCCAGGUGCUAUUGCGUGGUUCUUGUGGAAGAUUUAUGCUGAAGUUAACUGGGAGCUUCUCACGUUCCUUCUUCAAAACAAAUCAUUUCACGUGUACAAUAUCACAUGUGGACCUGGGCUCAUUUCUUACACAACACCAAAUAUGCAAUUCAAAUUCCCUUACUACUCCAAGAGCGCAUGAUCCCGCUUUGGUCCAGCAAACUCAAAAUAGCCCGAUGGUUUAAACUGCUCCAUGGCUACAAAAUUAACAUCCAUACGUCAGGUUACAGAAGCGGUGCACUCUCUUUUGAAUCUCCUGGUCAAUCUACUCUCUUAUCCGAGCUUCGGGGGAAUAUUUACUAUGCUGUCAUGGACAUGCAAUAAUGACUACCACACUUAUACGAUGGAAAUUGAUUCAUUAUCUAGUUUCAUACUUCUAACCAGGCGACACAUGACGAGUAUAAGGGAAAUUAACAAAUUUGUUGAGGAGAUUCUUGACAUUGCUUGUUCCCAUGGAGUAACUUUCAAUUAUUGUUAACUCAAGUUAAUGUUGCUUAUCUUUUAUGUAAUUUGAUUUCCACGCCAAACUUUACUCACAUUACUAGCUCUCUUGUUCUUCACCUUCGUAUUCGAGGAGCUCUGAUUUUAGACUCUCAUAGCUUUCCUCAUGUACUUCACACUUUGGGGUAAGGUUUUAUGUCCCCCCCUUGUACUUUUUCUCUUAAUAUAGUAAAAUAUAUAUAUACAAAUAUAUAUAGUCUCGUUCCUAUCCGGAGCUCCUGAACAGAAUUCCCGUGCGGACAAGACCAUCAGAGGGUCUUCCUGGUGGAAUUUUUUGAUGAAAUUUUGUAAGCAUGUUACUCAUCAAGUCUAGUUUAUUCAUACAAAAUUUCAGCUCAAAAUUCAAUCGGGAAAGCAGUCACAUAAAUUUUUGAAACAUAUGGCGAAUUCUGCGCACAUAUAUUGCGCAGUAUGUAUCAAGAAUUUAUUUGACUGCCUUCCCGAUCGAAUUUUUGAGCUAAAAUUGUAUGAGUAAAGUAGACUUGAUGAGUAACAUGCUCACAAAAUUUCAUCAAAAAAUUUCACCAGGAAGACCCUGUCCCUCUGAUGGUCUUGCCCACACGAGGAUUCUCUUCAGGAGCUCCUCAUAGGAAUGGGGCUCUUUCUCUCUCUCUCUCUCUCUCAAUAUAUAUAGUAUGAGUAAUGAUCCUGUCCAGCCGGAGGGACAGGAGGCGCCGUCCGGCCGCAGCCAUUUGGGACGGUUCUUGGUGGAAUUUUUUGAUGAAUUUUUUUUAGUAUGUUCCUUGUGAAGUCUAGUUUAUCCACUAAAAGAAUCAGCUAAAAAUUCGACCGGGAAGGCAGUCAAAUAAUUCUUUGAAGAUAACUGCGCCAAAUUAUACUUAUAAAACGCAGUUAUUUUCCAAAAAUUAUUUGGCUGCCUUCCCAAUCAAAUUUUUAGCUGAAUUUUUUUGUGAAUAAACUAGACUUGAUGAGGAACAUGCUCAAAAAAAUUCAUCACAAAAUACCACCGGAAACCGUCCCAAACGGCGGCGGCCGGACGGCGCCACCUGUCCAUCCGGAUGGACAGGAUCUUUUUCAUAUAUAUAGAGAGAAAGAGAGAGAAAAGAAGGGUUCUAGAGAGAGUUGAGAGCGUCUCUCACUAGGCUUCUCCUAGGUUGCUCUCUCUUCGCCCUUCAAGUGUCCGGAGCCACCAUUCACGGUGGACCGCCGCAGCCGGAGCCCUCCUGGCUCCGGUAGGCUUUGUUUGGUUUUGGUCUGAGUUUUUGGAAACUUUGAAGGUACUGAUUCACAGGUGAGACCCACACUUUUCUGGUGCGCUGGUGAACAGGAACUCCGGUGGUGCUGUGGUGCCUUAUGGAAGUCCUCGAAGGCGGCGUCCUUUGAUUUCUUGGUCGGAGGUCCAGGCCGGAAUACAGAGAAAUAAGUUUGACCUGAGUUGCUGUCUGAUACAUCCUCAUGGGGUCCGCUGGUUCUAAUUACUGCUGGUUUAUGCUUCAGAUGUUGACCGUUGAGUCUCGCUCUCGUCUUUCCCUUCUCAUUCACAACCAGGGUAAAAAUCCUCCGGUUACUGUAGCAGUUGUCGUCCUCGUAAGUGACGCCGGAAAGGUUGGGGAUCUCUUACAGCCGGAGGACAGGUGGAUAGGGACGCUUGUCAAUGGCCUGUAGAGCUUCCAGAAUGUUAAGGGUCCUGCUGCUUUCUUCGCUGCUUCACAAAGUUUGCAGAUGGCCAUUUUCCAAGUGGGAUGGUGUUUUCCGUGGCAGCGCCGAGGGAGGGAAGUCCUGGAGCAGGUUCUCAUGCGGCCAACCCGCCAAGCUGCUUCGUUACGAAUCCUGACGCGUGUACAGUGACUGUUGGACAGGCUGUCACAGUCAACUUUCGAAUUUUGAAGGGAGUGUUUGUGAUUGCUUCUACUUUAAAAAUGUGUUUUUUAAAGUGAUUUUAGAUAAAGUGGUUAAUAGUAAAAGUUGGUAGCGUUUGAGAAAAAAGUGCUUCUGAAAAAGUAAAAGUUGGUAGUGUUUGAUAAAGUAAGUGCGUUUUGUGUAAUAGAAAAAGUGAAAAGCAGUUUAAAGCACUCAUCAACCUGCUUUCAACUUUUAGCUUUUAAGUGUUUAAUUUAAUUUACGCAAAGUUGUCAUUUGAAAACACCAAUUUUGAAAUCUGCUUGGUUUUCCGCGUGAUGAUGCGGCGCGGGAUGGAAUGCGACGCUGGGCUGGGCGAGUUGGGCUGAUCCGGGAACUUGGUCAUCUGGGAAGCUACUGCACUGAUGGGCUUCGGCUGCAAGCUACUGGACUUCUUUGCUGAUGCGGGAAGGCUGAUGCUCCUUCACUGGACCAGACACCUGACUGCUGGGAUCUGUUUUUGCUGGGCUUUGGCUAGGGACGGGGUUUUCACUGGUCCGAAACUAGUUUGGAUCUGCUUUUUGAUUUAUUGAUUUACUGUUUUUUACGUUUAAAAACUCACUCUCUGCCCCUUUCCGAAAGUUGGGGGGAGAGGGGCGUUAGUUACAAUUUUUGCCUAGUUUAGCUAGCAUAGAUAGUUUUGAUAAAUUGAUACAUGGUAGAUUCUAUGGUACCCAUAAGGUACCAUACCUUUGUAUACAUGGACCAAUGAGAAUGUAGCAGUUGAAUUAUUUAAAUCUAAAUUAAAAAUGAUAAAGUGAUAUGGUCCAAUCAAAUGAAUGAUAGGUACGGUACCCCAUAUUUUAGAAAGGUACCGGAGUUGUCACCUUGAUACAUUGUUUUGUUACUUUUGAAUGAUUUUUAAUAUAUACUUACCUUUUAUCCAAAAAGAUAGAGAGAGAUUAAAAAUGGAAGGGAAAAAUUGUAGAUGCUAGAAGGAAGUUGGGACGGGAUGCGGAAAAUGAAGAAAAGGAAAGAGAAAAGAAAUGGAAAAAGACAAGUCAAAACUGCUCUUAACCUACUAUAUUGAAUGUUUUUAAGUGACACUUUUAUUAGUAUAUGGGUUUAUAUGAUAGAUUCAUGAUAGUUG